CACGGUGAGACGGCUGGCCCGGCGCCCUCCCCGCCCUGCGCUCAGCGCCCGCGCCCCGCGCCGCCGCCCCAGCCGCCGCCGCCGCCGCCGCCGUGUGGGGACCGCAGGCCCGCGGGGGUGCUGGGCUCCCGGCGCGGGACCCCGCCUUCCCCAGCCCGCCGUCGACUCCCGGGGGCAGCUCCUGGCAGGGGACGGGAGAUGCUUCAGUAGGUCUCUGACACUGGGCGAAGGUGGUAGGCGGCUUUCCUGUCUGCCAAGCACUGCGAUCUGCUUAGCAUCGGAACACUCUCUUUAGACUUCGACAUGGCAUCCUCCAAGAAGGUUACCCUGUCAGUGCUGAGCCGGGAGCAGUCGGAAGGGGUUGGAGCCAGGGUCCGCAGAAGCAUUGGCAGACCCGAGUUAAAAAAUCUGGAUCCAUUUUUACUGUUUGAUGAAUUUAAAGGAGGUAGACCAGGCGGAUUUCCUGAUCACCCACAUCGAGGUUUUGAGACAGUAUCUUACCUCCUGGAGGGUGGCAGCAUGGCCCAUGAAGACUUCUGUGGACAUGUUGGUCAGAUGAACCCAGGAGACCUGCAGUGGAUGACCGCAGGCCGGGGCAUUCUGCACGCCGAGAUGCCUUGCUCAGAAGAGCCAGCCCAUGGCCUCCAACUGUGGGUUAAUUUGCGAAGCUCAGAGAAGAUGGUGGAGCCUCACUACCAGGAGGUGAAGAGUAAAGAAAUCCCCAAACCCAGUAAGGAUGGUGUGACGGUUGCCGUCAUUUCUGGAGAAGCCCUGGGAAUAAAGUCUAAGAUUUAUACUCGCACACCAACCUUAUAUUUGGACUUCAAAUUGGACCAUGGAGCAAAGCAUUGCCAGCCUAUUCCUAAAGAUUUUAUUUAUUUAUUUGACAGAGAGAGAGAUAGCAAGAGCAGGAACACAAGCAGGGCAGUGGGAGAGGGAGAAGCAGGCUUCCCGCCGAGCAGAGAGCCCGACGCGGGGCUCGAUCCCAGGACCCUGGGAUCACGACCUGAGCCGAAGGCAGAUGCCCAACAACUGAGCCACCCAGGAUGGACAAGCUUCAUUUAUACCAUAUCUGGAAAUGUGUAUAUUGGGUUAUGCCUUGGUGGACCAGGGACCAGAACCAAGGACUCCCCAAGCCCGUUUCCCAUGCCGCACGCCAUCAUCUUUGUACCAUGACAACACAGCAGCCCCACCAUGGAACCUGUCUUUUCCAGUCUCAACCUUGUAGCCAGCCCCGCAGCAGAGUAGGCUGGCUUGUGUCGCCCUGUCCUCCUGGAAAUGGCACGGGUGUCGGGCAUGUCUCUCUGUGGGACUGCCGGAACCCCACGGUAGCGGGUGCUCUAGGUGCCCUCCCCACAGCCCUGAGGCCUCAGCUCCGUGGAGCUCGCUGGCCAACUUCUAGCUCGCCAGUGGGCUCUGUGUCUCGUGGCCUGAAGCUUGCUCCGAAACUGGGAAGGCUGCUCUCUCUGCCCCACUCGCAAAUAAAUAAAUAAAAUCUUAAAAAAAAAAAAUAAAUAAUAAAUAAAUAAAUAAAAAAGAGGACCAGCCUCCCCUCUCCCCUCCCCUGCCCCUCAUGACAGUGAUGCGUGGUGUGGAUGGGGGGGGGGGCAGGCCAGGAGUGUCAUUUCGGAGACCCUCUGGGGUUGUGUGGCCUCCACCCCCCUCCUGCACGCUAGCCUCCUCAGCAAGAACUGUCUUCCUGGGGCCCUAACGUGCCUACCUCCUGGGGUAAUAACAGCCGCAACUGCUGGCUUAUUGAUAACAUCUGCUCGGGACUUGAAGGCGACACCCAGAGCCACUUAAACCAUUCUUUAUAUAUAAUCUCUGAAAGGAGUUCAAUUGCCUCAAAUUACUCUUCUGGAAAAUAGUGGUAAUACAAACCCAUGUAUUUUGAUCUUAUACAGUAAAAACGGCCUUAGUUCCUCUUUCACUGAAUAGCAUUUCAAUUAUGGGUCAGAAGCAAAGCUCACUUCACGUUUGAAAAAUGGUGAAAAAAAUCAGUAGUAGUAUCCCAAGUGUCACAAACUAUAUUAACCAUCUGAAAGAGAUGAAGCAUCAUUUGUUGUAUGAUCCUCUUUUGAAAAUCAUGAAUAUCACAAUGUACUUGAUACACAUGGAGAGUAAAGACUGUUUUUGUGGAGGUAGCACCCAUUGACUUAGGAUUUCAAGAGAAACAAAAUAAUCUGCACAAAUGGAAAGUAAUAAAGAGAGCAUGUGAAUUCUGAGGUGGUAAGGAUACCGGAAAUGUUAGUGUAGAAUGAGAAAGGGCAGGGGCAGCAAACUUGUUAUAAAGGGCCAGAUAAUAAAUAUUUCCAUCUCUGUGGACCAUAUAGAGUUUGAGUUGCAACGACUCUUUCCUGCCCUUCCAAAAGCAGCCACAAUAACACGUCAACAGUUGGGGUGGCUGUUCCAAUAUAACUUUACGGCCACUGAAACGUGAAUUGUGUGUAUUUUUCAUGUGUCAUGAAAUGCUAUUCUUUUGAUACUUUUCAACCAUGUAAAAAGGAUAGAAACCUUUCUUAGCUUCUGGACUCUACAAAAAGCUCAUAUUUGAUUUUGGUUUAACUGGUGGUGUGGAGGACGAAGGGGAGAAAAAUUAACAAAUAAUCUUUAAAACCUGUUUUUUUAAUUGAGGUAUAGUUGAUGUACAGCGUUACAUUAGUUUCAGGUGUACAACAUAGUGAUUCAACAAGUCAAUAGGUGAUGCUGUGCUUGCCACACCUGGAGCUCCCAUCCGUCGCCAUACAACACCAUUCCGGACUAUAGUCCCUAUGCUGUACCUUUCGUCCCUGUGACUUGUUCAUUCCCUAACUGGAAGCCUGUACCUCCCCCUCCCCUCGCCCAUUUUGCCACAUCCCCCUCUCUUCAAAACCUGUUUUUUUUGGGCGCCUGGGUGGCUCAGUUGGUUUAAGCGACUGCCUUCGGCUUGGGUCGUGAUCCUGGAGUCCCGGGAUCGAGUCCCGCAUCGGGCUCCCUGCUCGGCGGGGAGUCUGCUUCUCCCUCUGACCCUCCCCCCUCUCAUGUGCUCUCUCUCAUUCUCUCUCUCUCAAAUAAUAAAUAAAAUCUUUAUAAAAAAAUAAUAAAGGUUCAUUGGGCGCCUGUGUGGCUCAGUCGGUUAAGCGACUGCCUUCGGCUCAGGUCAUGAUCCUGGAGUCCCGGGAUCGAGUCCCGCAUCGGGCUCCCUGCUCGGCAGGGAGUCUGCUUCUCCCUCUGACCCUCCCCCCUCUCAUGUGCUCUCUCUCAUUCUCUCUGUCUCAAAUAAAUAAAUAAAAUCUUAAAAAAAAAACAAAAAAACAAAAAAACCUGUUUUUUUCUUAAGAUUUUAUUUAUUUGAGAGAGAGGGAGAGUGCUAGCGCGAGCAUGAGCAAGAAGAGGAGCAGAGGGAGAAGCCGACUCUGCGCUGAGCAGGGAGCCCCACGCAGGGCUCCAUCCUGAGCCUAAGGCAGAUGCUUAACCAACUGAGCCACCCAGGCGCCCCCACAAAACCUGUUUUAAUCAGUAGUUACAGCCCUGUUUUCUAACAGACCUUUAGUCCCAGAAUUCAACAAGUGAAAAGCUCAACAUUUGGAGGGGCUAAGAAUGACCUAUACAUCCCCUUGUUUUUCUUGGGAAGGCAGGAGUUUCCUGAGCCAUUUCUAUUCACUGGCCUGGUCACCUCUCAUGACCGUGGGCCACAAGUGCAAAACAUCUGGCAGGAAAUGGGGUCACAGUCUAUAGCGUUGGAGCGAACUUGCAUCUGUCUGGGGUAAACUGGACCGUGGAGAGAAUCCACUCGCAUAACUGGCCCCUUGGAACUCUGCUUUAGCCAAUGAGCAACUGGCCAAAUGAUCUCAUUUGAAUUGUAUCUUCUUCCCUUCCUCCUACCCCCCCAUAGAAAUGUUAAUGAGAAAAACAAAAGGGCAAGAACAAAUCACCAGAGGAAAAAAGACAAAGCAGAGAUAGCUAUUAAAUAUGUACUGACGUAUAAAAUCUAUAAGAGAGAAUCCGGAAAACGCUUUCUGACUUUACUGCCUCAAUUUUAUCGUGCUUUUAAAACCACAGAUGGCAGGAACUGAUAAGCAAGUAAUUGUCUUUUCGAAAAUGUCACGCACCUCCAUUCUGUUGGAAUAGAUGUUAUAAAUGUGCAUUGAGCUGGAAUAAAUAGACUGCCAUUUGGGUUGAGAAAAUAAUCUGCGGAGAUUCCAUAAAAUGGAGAUUUAGGAGGACUCAAAAAAUAUUAAUUGAUGCAGGAAGUUCUUGCAAGACAGAUAUUGGUACGUUGUAGGACAGGUGGAGGUUUCAACAGGACAGAUUACUGGAGUGAGAUCUUUGACAGUCAUCAUUUACUGAAGCAUCAAGUCCUUUGACCAGCCCUCAGCUGACAUCUCUGCAGUCUAGGAUAAAAAAAAAAAUCGAAACUAAAAACCGCAUGGUCAGAAAGCCAAUAGAUCCCAAGUAUACUGGCGCUGAACCCCUUCCCUGCAGCUGAGAUGGAAAUAACAUUACACAUUAACACAGAGAUCAAAGGGUAGAGGAGUUUAUAUUCUGUAUCCCCGCAGCGUGGGACAGUUUAUCAGCUUGGAUGUCAGUCUCCUAGAGGGACCAGUAUCAGGUAUACUGUUUGGGCUGAGAAAAGCUAUUUGGAAAUCUAAAAAUACUUGUCUGUGGUUAUUGAAAUGACACCUAACUCGUUUAUGCGGGUAGUGAAAUGUUUCAGACUUACUAAAUAAGUCAUUAUUCACGCUUAGUUUGUGCUCAGCCCUUUGCUUCUGGUUCUGGGGGGUAUAAAGUUUGACACCGCCCCUGGAUGUCAAUGAACGUGGGGAAACACUUAGAAGCCCUCGGAAUUGACCUCCACUUACCUAGAAUGAACUGGACUGAGAAGUGUGCUCAUUCCAUGGGGACUACCUUGCGUGAGGUGCUUUGAACACCCAGGAUGAUCAGCAACCCUGGUCUGCCUGCCCAUUGCUACUCCCUCCAGCCAAACUGAGGCAGUUGUGAUUGUUCUCAAAUCUGUUAUGCCACUUGCACCGAUAAUUGCAAUUAUGCGAUUUAAUGAAACAAUAUGUAAAUUAAUGAAGUAAGUAAAAAAAAGAGUUGGUAUUUUUAGGGGUGCCUGGGUGGCUCAGUUGGUUAAGUGUCUGCCUUCAGCUCAGGUCAUGAUCCCAGGGUCCUGGGAUUGAGCCCCAUGUCGGGCUCCCUGCAAAGCAGGGAGUCUGCUUCUCCCUCUCCCUCUGUCCCCCCACACCGCCCCCCGGCAUGAGCUCUCUCUCUCUGUCUGUGUCAAAUAAAUAAAUAAAAUCUUUUUAAAAGGAGUUGGUAUUUUUAGAACAACUAAGUCCAAUGCUUUGUAAAAGUGAAUUGCUCAAGAAGAGCUUUUGAAUUAGUAUGGGAAAGAUGACAGAAAAAGAAUGGGAGCAACUGAUCUAGAAGGAUUUUGGUGGGUAUAGUCAUUAUAGGUAUGCUUUUGAAAGACAGGGCUUCAAUCCAAUCAGCCAACCCACCUUGACUGUAUUUCUAAAAAUUGGCAAAUGUAUGCACAUUUACACUUUAAAAUGUUGUGGAGGCAGCUGAUUGUCUCUUUCAAUUAAUGAUCCUGAUUUCAUCAGAUAAGAGGGCUUCGACUGUACAUACAAAAUUGAUGAAAUCAAACUCUAGUGAAGUGCCAGCCUGUGUGCAUUGGCCAGUCAGUGGGAUGGCAGUCCUUAUAAAGAGAGGAGAAAGGAAAUCUGGCAUAUAGGGAAAAGUUGCCCAGCAAUUAAUCACACACUGAAGCUGCCGCACUAACUUGAAAAUAUGUUUUCAAGUAUUUUGCCCUUUCAGGACUGCUUAGGCAAACCAAAAUAUUUGCAAUUCAAUUGUUUUCAGUUACAUCUUCCUUAACUGCCCUAUUAGAUUUAACAUUCUUGGCGAAGCUUCUCAAUGGAAACUAUUUAUUAUCUGAUUUGGCUCUGUUUGUAAUUGAAAGGAGUCAAAAACAGUAAAGUAUAUUUUCUUUGAGACUAAUUUUAGGUUCAAGAGAUAACCAGGUGGGUGAAAUAGCAUAGAAAGAAUAAGAAGAUAGAAGCAAUCUUUGUUUUCAGGGAUCCUGUUGUAAACAUUUCAUAAAACAAUACAGAAGCUAAAGGUACACUUAGAAUGACCUGGAAACCUCCCUCCAGCCUCUGUAACAAAGGUCUACCUUAAGCUGGAGCAUUUCACAUGGCCUCUUCAGAAUCAGCAGUGUGAUUCCUCCCCUAGAGCAGCAAAGAGAGUGGGCAGAAAUUUGCGCUCCAUAUAAAGGGAGGAUUGGUGUCCUUAGGACAACAUGAACUCUUUGCUUCUGAAUUCAUGUGUGCUCACAGACCCAUGAACACUGCAGUCAAGCAAGCUCUCCUGAGAGGAGGUGCAGAGAAAUCCCAAUUCUGCAUUAUUUGAGAGUUGUCUCUUGCCAGCUCACUCCAUAAAGACAGGGGAGGGGCUGUAUAAGUUGUUGGGGUUUAUGUAUUGUGGAACAUGCUACAUCAUAAAAUGAGGGGCCAGGAGUAGACCUUGUGGGUAACAUAUAUGGGCAUUGCGUAUGAAUGAGUUGAAGAUAAAAAGACAUGGCCCAUUGCUCCCAGGGAAUCUCAGUAAAGCACCCAUAAUAAAAUGCUUCUUCAUCUCACAGUUAAAGAUAUUACCCAGUUCUAAACGUGGUUAUUCUUAGACUCCCAGACCUCUCGGUUUUAUUGCCAAAUCCAUGCAUGAGUAGAAAGCCUGAGGAGGCCUAUCGUUCACUUCCAUGACACCCGUUGACCUAAAUCUUCGAUGGAGAAGGGACCUUUAGUGGUGCGCUGGGCUGGCUGUUACAAGCUCGCAGGGGCCCAUCGAGCACCUCUUCCCUGACCUCACACCUCACAUCAGUAGCUUGAAAUUGACCACAGUGGGAGCCUUUAUGCCACGGAAAUGAGCAUGCUUCAGAUCGGGUUCGUUCUCCCGCUCCAACCUGAAAGCCAGUUUUAUUUUAUUUUUUAUUUUCUUAGAU